GUGCCCAGUGAUGCCAGCGGGGAGGGCAAAGGGGAGGGUACUGCGGGAGGUGCUGGAGGGGAGCAGCUCCUUGCUCCCUGUCCCUGUCCUGAGCCGUGUCCCGGCGGAGCUGGUGCCACCAUGGUGAUGACAUUGGGGUACUGGGAUAUCCGUGGGCUGGCCCACGCCAUCCGCCUGCUGCUGGAGUACACAGAGACCCCUUAUGAGGAGCGGCAAUACUGCCCGGGGCCGGCUCCUGACUUCAACCCGAGUGACUGGACCAACGAGAAGGAGAAACUGGGGCUCGACUUCCCCAACCUGCCCUACCUCAUCGAUGGCACCAUCAAGCUAACGCAGAGCAACGCCAUCCUGCGCUACAUCGCCCGCAAGCACAACAUGUGUGGUGAGACAGAGGAGGAGAUCCAGCGUGUGGACAUGCUGGAGAACCACAUCAUGGAUUUCCGCAUGAGAUUUGCACGGCUCUGCUACAGUCCAGACUUUGAGAAGCUGAAGUCGGGGUACCUGGAGGAGCUGCCAGGGAGGCUGCGGGAGCUGUCGCAGUUCCUGGGCUCCCGGCCCUGGUUUGCAGGGGAGAAGCUCACCUUUGUGGACUUCGUGGCAUACGAUGUGCUGGACCAGCACCGCAUGUUCGUGCCUGACAGCCCUGAGUUGAGUGGGAGCCUCGGCCGGUUCCUGGAGCGCUUUGAGGCGCUGGAGAAGGUCUCAGCCUACCUGCACUCAGGGCGCUGCAUGAGGACCCCUAUCUUCUGGCGCACAGCGCAGUGGUGCAACACCAAGGAGUGAUUGGGGCGACCCCCCCCCAAACCUCCCUGGCACCCACUUCCUGCAGAAUAAAUCGAGGGGGGCCACCCCUUGUCCCUUGUCCUGCUGCAA